GGAAGUUACACGUAAGUCUGCAUCCUGCUAUUUCGACAUGUGGUCCUCAGGCUGCGCAGGCCCUAUCGCUCAUACGGCAAAUAUCAAUACUACAAUUCAGCCGUUGACACGGAGGCGGCGAAGAAGGGCAUGGCCGAUGGUAUGACCAAGAGACAGACCACAUACGGCACUUAUAAUCCGUACGGGGCAUAUGGGAGGUACGGCACGUACGGCACGUACGGCACCUACCGAUCGUACAGCUCAGCCAUGGAAGCCGAGGCCGAGAAGAAGGAAAUGGCAGAUGCUAUGCCCAAGAGGGAAUACGGAAGCUACGAGCCGUACCAGGCGUAUGACCAGUAUGAUUCCUACAGUUCGGCUGUUGAUGCCGAGGCGGCGAAACAGGGAAUGGCCGAGGGUAUGGCCAAGAGGGAAUACGGAAAGUAUUCGUAAGUUUUCCGUCCCCGAUCUAUCCGUUUGCGGCGACUUAGCCUUCGGCAGGCCGUACUAUUCAUAUGGCAAGUAUGGACGCUACAGCGCGGCUGUUGAUGAGGAGGCUG